AUGGUCCAAGAAUCCUCGAAUCCGGAAUCGCCAGAGUGUGACAAGCUAGUUGUGCUCCAUGAGCUGCUCACUUGGGUGCACUCCGUGGAUGCUGCGGUGGCCUUGCUGCGAGGUCUGCAGCUGGGGCGGGUCCUCCAUCUUCCCCGGCUCUACAAGUGGGCUGGCCUCGCGAGGCCAGUGUCGAACUGGAUGCAUCGGAGCAGCCGGGAGGUUCGUGCGCUGGUGAACAUGCUGCUUUCGAUGGUCUUGGGCGUAUUCUUCUUGCACGUGCUUACGUGCCUGUGGUUCUUCGUGCGCAGCGACAGGGAGAGCCUGGAGGGCCUCUCAGCGCAGGAGCAGUAUCGGAUCACCUUGGAAACGGCUAUGGCCCGCCUUCACCCAGUGCGGACUGCCGAGAACAUGCUGCUCCCCACGCAGGUCGAAAGGGUGGUCGCGCUCUUGGCCUCUGGAUCAGCGCUACUUUUCGGCUCCAUGUUCGCUUCCCUCGUCACCAACGACUUGGCGGACGUCCGGCGCGUGCGGCGCUUGCAGAAGGAGACGGUCCACCAGGUCUCCGACUACUUGAGCAUCUUCCCCAUCCCCUGGGAUCUGGAGAAGCAGUGCAAGGACUUCCUCCGGACGAAGAUGGCCAGCCACGCUCCUCCGUGCAAGGCGGAGAUUGCCCAGCUCUUGCCGGAAUUCUUGUACCAUGAAGUUUGUUGCGAAGCUCUGACGCCAGUCGUCGCGAAACACGACUUUUUCACGGGAUUGUGUUCGAGCCAUGAAGCGUUUCGGCACGAUCUCUGUGUUCGUGGACUGCAAGACUGGAACGUGGAGCCCCACGAGGUGCUGCUUUCUGCGGGGCUGAAGUGUCCGAGCAUGCUCUUCGUUGCGCACGGCUGCGUCCUCUACGGCCAGCGCUUCUGCCGCCAGCGGUCUUUCACCGUCGUCACCACCUCGGCCGCCUGGGCCCCG